AUGGAAACAGAACUCUUUUACUUCAUUGGACAGAGCUCACUACGUCAGUGCGCAGGAGUGCGUGGAGGCCUCCGGGACUGGGGAACCUCCGACAUCACGGAAUACCGGUGUUUCCCUAGGUCUUUGCCUGAGGAAUCUGGGCGCCUUCCCCUACCCCCCACCCCCAUCUCCCACCGUCAGCAUCUCCCGCCCUUGCCUACUUCUCUCCCUUACCCCCGCGCCCUCCAUCGCGUGACCUGCUGGGACCAGCGCCGCGGAGCCCCCCCGACCCCCCCAGGGCCCCACUCUGGGCUGGGCGUGGAGGCGGUAACUAUGGAGAACAUGGCGGAGGAGGCGGCGCCGCUGCAAGUGGCCGAAGCGCAACUUGAGCCCGAGCUGGAGCCAGAACCUGAGCCAGACCAGACGGCCCGGGGAGCUGCUGCGGAAAGCAAUGACCUAAUUAGUCCAAUGAAAUUAAGCAACAGGAUUUAUGAAGAUGUAUCUGAAAUGGAAUUGAAGACUAAUGAGAAAGAAGCAGAACAGGAAGCCCUGAAAGAACCUUAUAGCAUCUUGGCUUCAUCUGAUUUAUCAAGAGAAAAACACAUCUCAAUUCAAAGUCAACUGAUUGAUCUAGAGAAAUUAGCUUACAUGAGUGAAGGUGAAUCUGUUUCUGUUAUGUCAUCAAACACAGACCAACUCGACGCAGCUGGCAAGAAGCUUUGUCCAUUAUGCCCUGAGGAAAAAUUCAAAGCUUGUUAUAGCCAUAAACUUCAUCGUCACCUUCAGAAUUUACAUUGGAAAGUUUCUGUUGAAUUUGAAGGUUACCGAAUGUGCAUCUGUCACUUACCUUGUCGACCAGUGAAACCAAACCUUAUUGGAGACCAGACAUCUAGUAAGAUGGGAGCCCAUUAUCAUUGUAUCAUUUGUUCAGCAACCAUUACACGUAGAACUGAUAUGAUAGGACAUAUCAAACGCCAUGUGAACAAAGGAGAAACUGAAUCCAGGUAUAUUGCAGCCUCUGCUGCUAAACCACCCCGUGAAGUAUUGAAAGAAGCAGAUACAGACAUACAAGUUCUUCCUAAUUAUUCUACACCUCAGAAAACAGAUUCCUAUUUUAAUCCAAAAAUGAAACUAAACAGGCAACUGAUAUUCUCUACACUGGCUGUAUUGGCUGAAGAACGAAAGCCUUUGGAAUGUUUGGAUGCUUUUGGGGCCACUGGCAUAAUGGGAUUGCAGUGGGCCAAACACCUUGGGAAUUCAGUAAAGGUUACUAUUAAUGAUUUUAAUGAAAACUCUGUGACGAUGAUUCAGGAAAAUUGCCAUUUAAACAAAAUGAAAGUGAUGUUGGACAGUAAAGAAGAGGAUGAGUGUGACGAAACUCUUGAAGAAGGAGAGGAAAAUGUUGGUGCUAUUGAAGUGACCAAAAUGGAUGCCAACGUACUAAUGCACUUGAGAUCAUUUGAUUUUAUACAUUUGGACCCUUUUGGAACAUCAGUCAACUAUCUAGAUUCUGCCUUCAGAAAUGUUAGGAAUCUUGGAAUUGUAUCAGUAACUUCAACAGACAUCAGUUCUUUAUAUGCGAAGGCUUUGCAUGUGGCCCGGCGUCAUUAUGGUUGUAACAUUGUGCGAACUGAAUACUACAAGGAACUAGCCGCCAGGAUUGUUGUGGCUGCAGUGGCAAGAGCUGCAACUCGUUGUAAUAAAGGUAUAGAAGUGUUGUUUGCCGUAGCCCUGGAACAUUUUGUCCUUGUGGUUGUGAGAGUGUUGAGGGGUCCUACCCCAGCUGAUGAAACAGCAAAGAAAAUUCGAUAUCUGAUCCACUGUCAGUGGUGUGAAGAAAGGAUUUUUCAGAAGGAUGGUAAUAUGAUAGAAGAAAACCCUUAUAGACAGCUGCCAUGUGACUGCCAUGGAAGCAUGCCUGGAAAGACAGCAAUAGAACUUGGUCCUUUAUGGUCAGGUUCCCUCUUUAAUACCGGCUUUCUCCGAAGAAUGCUAUUUGAAGCAGUUCAGCAUGGUUUAGACGACAUUCAGCCCCUAAUAAAGACUUUAAUCUGUGAAGCAGAAUGCACCACUCUAAAACAGUUUUCAAUUCAUGCACCUACAAGUCUCAAUAAGCAAGAGGAAUGUGGUGUAGUUAUUAAAACUCCAGAUACUGGAACAGAUUAUUAUGUUGUGCAUGGAAAGAGGAAAAGUAAUGAAAUAUGCAGAAACGCCACCAAAAAACAAAAGGCAGAUGUCAAUGCAGAGCACCCUCCCUUCUACUACAACAUCCACAGACACAGUAUCAAGGGAAUGAACAUGCCCAAGUUAAACAAGUUCCUUCAGUACCUCUCCCAAGCGGGCUUCCGCGUGAGCCGCACCCAUUUCGACCCUAUGGGCGUGCGGACCGAUGCGCCUCUGAGCCAGUUCAAGGCCAUCCUGGCCAAGUACAGCACACCUACCUAUGGCGGGGCGCAGUCCGAGGGCCACGUGUCUUCAGCAGCCGACGAGGCUGGGACAGACUCUGUCCCCAUGGCUGUGGACAGUGACCCUGAUGGGGCGGCGGGGCUGGACAGACCCGGUGAGGAGAGCUCGCCCCCAGAUGGCCAGGCCGACGCUUGGAGAGCUCCUGUUCUGUGAUCCCAGGAUGCGGCCAAUACAAAGGAGCACACCUGUUCUAAUAUGGAAACCUGGGCAGUUUCUAACUGUUUUUAAGUUGGUUGGGAGAGCUAUGCAUUGGAACUUUCUAUUCUAAAGGAGACAGUUUCAGAAUUUGACAGAUGUUUCAUGAUGCAGAUUGUGUGGUUGUCAUCACACACACACACACACACACACACACACAUUAACUUGGAAGAGUACCACCAUGACCCCCUCGUACAUUGCUGGUGGCUUAAAAUACUCUAGAUUGCUUGUUACCCCACUCUAUUCACCGUGUUUGUGGUCAACACACCUUUUAUAGGGCGGAUAGAGGGAGCCCCAAGCCUGGACGCAUGACCCUGACCCAGAGCAUACAGAUGUUUCUUCUGGGCCUACAGCGGAGGAGCUCAAAUCCGGGCCCUGCUCCUGGGCCCGUCACUCACUGGUCAGUCAAACGUCUUCUCUGUGCCAAAGGCAGAAAUGACAGGCGUUUUAUGAGGGAGAGGAAUGAGUGCAACAAUUUCUACUUAUGCAAUUGAGGCUUUUUUAUUAUUAUUAUUAUGUAAUACAUCAGGCACCAGACUUAUUAGACACAGUAAGAGACCAACAAGUGAAUGAUCUCACUGCCUUGGGCACUGCAUAAACAUUCAUUCAUCUGGUUGACUACCUUUCAAAAGAAAAAUAUGUAAUCUUAUGAAGUGAUUUUUCAGUGUUAAACAUUAUAUAAAAAGCAUUUUAUAUAAGCAUCAAAGUGUAAAAAGACUAACAAUAGGGACAGCUGUUCAGUUCAAUUCAGUAGAUGGAGAGCCAGACCUGGAGAUAGGGGUCCUGGGUUCUUUUUUUUUUUUUUUUUUAAACCCUUACCUUCCGUCUUGGAGUCAAUACUGUGUAUUGGCUCCAAGGCAGAAGAGUGGUAAGGGCUAGGCAAUGGGGGUCAAGUGACUUGCCCAGGGUCACACAGCUAGGAAGUGGCUGAGGCCGGAUUUGAACCUAGGACCUCCCGUCUCUAGGCCUGGUUCUCAAUCCACUGAGCUACCCAGCUGCCCCCGGGUCCUGGGUUCUAAUGUGGCCUCAGAUACCUCCUAGCUGUGUGACCCUGGGCAAGUCACUCAACCCCAGUUGCUUAGCCCAUACCUCUCUUCUGCCUUGGAAUCAAUAUUUAGUAUUGAUUCUAAGGAAUAAGGUAAGAGGUUUUUUUUGUUUGUUUUUCUCUUAAGGACUAAAAAUAGGUUUAGAAAUUUGGGGGUUUUUUAUUUUUCUAUUUCUUAUUUGAAGAUUUUUUUUUUUGAGCAAAAAAAUUUGGAAUGUUUUUUCUGCUCUUUUUUAUCCUUUCAAAUGAUUGCAUUACUUUUAAGAGAAUAUUAGCAUUUUACUUUUGAAAGAGCUUUUUAGGACUCCUAAGACUUAAGUAAUGUCACAAGUUGUUCUAGAACCAGAAGCCUCUUCCCUCUUUAUUGAAGAUUAUUAAGCUAUUUUUCCACCAACUUUUUGUAAACUCUAAGAGAAGCAUUUUGGGGAGGAAAGAGGUCAGUGUGUGAUUUAUUAUUUUUUUUAUUGGUGUGGGAAACUGUUGAUGGGAAAACUUCCUCUAUCAAUACAGACCUACAGUUGUUCUUAGAGUUCCCUUUGGCACUGAAGGGUUAAAUGACUGGCCCAGGGUCGCAUAGCUGGUAAGUGUCAGUGGCCAAAUUUGAACCCUGUGUUCUAGCCACUAAGCCACCCUCUCAUAAAAGCAGCUAAAUAAGUUAAAGGUUAUUCCUUAAUUUCAAAUGUGAAUUUCAGAGGAAAUCCAAUGGAAAUGACAUUUCAAAGAAGACUGGGUACUUGGACGGAGCAUAUUUUCAAUGCAUUGUUCUUAUCUGAUUUCUCAAAGUUGUUACACUUAAUGAACAAUCAUUCACUAUGCAAAAGUCAUUCCCAUAGUUCAUUCUCAUUUUGCAAGCCCAGGUUUUCUCCUGAAGCAUUAGCUUCAGUUUAUAUCGACGAUGUAGUAGUCUUCAAAUGACUGUAAAGAAAAUAAAUGGUUACAGAAUA